AUGUAUAUUUUAUGGGCAUUUCUAUUCGUGACAUUAUUUGGAAAUCUCGGAGCUCGUCUAACAAAUACUGACAAAAACAGAUCACACGGAGUAAAAGACAAAGCGUCACGUAUUGAAAACAAAGAAAAUUUUUAUUUUCGUCGUUCAUAUUUAGAAACAAAUAAAAUAUACAAGAGCAAUGAUUAUGAUGAUUAUAGCAGCGGGCUCAUCGAACCGCGCGCGUCAAUGCACUUUCACUAUUCCGCCCCGGCGUACUCCGAUGCGAAAACGCCGGUCAAAGUCUACCGACCCAGAGAAGACCCACGCCUCUUCUACCAGUCUGACGAAUAUCUUAAAGAAAUUAAUGGCAAGAACGUUAACUACGAAGUAGCCUCUAUUUAUCCAGGCAGAGAAGUCGUGAGGAUUGGUGAAGAAGAUAUAUUUAGAACUCUACCUACACGACACUUGCGGACCAGGGAGAAUAAUCGAAUUGAUUUUGCAGAGUUAAAUCACUGUGUGAAAUGUCCAUACGAUAUAACAUUAAUUGCCAAAACGGGGUCUGACCGCGUCAUAUUACAAAGCCCUCGUUUGUUGUCAUGUUCAGGACGUAAAGCCCCUCAAAAUAUCCGAUUUAUUCACUUGUAUGGUCCGAAGUUUGGUUCAUUACUGCAAGAGGGUUCGUAUUCAAUAGUUGGCCGAAUUAUGAAUUGGGAUGAAAAUCUACAAGUAUGCAAAUUUCAAGUACAUGUGGUUACCCAAAGUUGCCGAACUCCAAAAUCAAUAGUAGCCCAUUGCAAAGGACUCAAUCGACCUUGUAAUUUCACCUGCCGAGAUAGCAACUUGGAAAUAUAUGGAGCAUCUUCACUAUCAUGUGGAAACGACUUACAAUGGGAGGGCAAUCUUCCAAUAUGUAAAGCUCGUAACUGGUGCAAGGCGCCAUUACCUCCAGACCACGGGCGCAUAAAUUGCAUAGGAAAUCCAGAUGGAGAAGCGUUAGCAGGUUUAGCCGAAGGAUCAAGAUGCCGUGUACGAUGUGAGCAUGGUUGGCGUCCACAUUCGCGAACCGUAACCGUGUGUCGUCGUGGUAUUUGGACUCAUUCGAUUUUAUCAUGUGAACCAAUUAACAGCACACAAACUGGAUAA